GUGCUGCCGCCGUGGUCCCUGCGGCUGGGGAGGAGGUGGUGGCUGCUGAACCUCUGUUGGUGGCUGCUGGGGACGCAAGGAAGGAGGAGGAGAAUGAGACGGAGGAGGAGGACAGUGAGGAGAGGGAGGAGGAGUCCCCGGUGCUGCAGGAUGACGCAUCUGCCCCUGCUCCCCCUGCAGCAGCAGCUGCUGCUGCGGACACAGACGGCGCUGACGCAGCUGCUUUGGUCGCUCCGGCUGCGGACCCCGCCGCUGCUGCUGCUGAUGAGGGUGUUAGCUUGGGUGCUGCUGAAGCGGUGCCGCUGGCUGCUGCUACGGCUGGAGAGGAGGUCCUGUCCGACCACACCAGCGCGCAGCAAGCCGCCCAGAACGACAGUCCUCUCCCUGAGCAGCAGCAGCAGGAGGAGGAGGAGGGGGCGGAGGCGCAGAAGACGGCGGUGCCAGAUGGCACGGCGGCCGUGGUUGAGUCGGCUGAGGAGCAUGACGGGGUCCAACAGCUCUCUGCACCUGCUUCCCCAGUGCCGGAGGCAGCCGCCUCUGAUGAUACCGAGGUGGAGGGGGAGGCAGCUGGGUCAGCCUCGGAGAUGGAUUCCCCUAGCGCUGGGGAUGCGGAGGGUGCCACCGGCUCAGCCCCUGAGGAGGAGCAGCAGGCCCCUGAGGAGCUGCUGCUGCUGCAGGAGGGGUUGCAGGAGGCGUUGCAGACGAGUACGCAAGAGCAUGGCUCAGAGGCGCAAGAGCAGCAGCAGCAACGAGCGCACGAGGAGGCGGUGUCGGGUGGCCGAAGUCCCGAGGAGGAUUCUGCGGCGCCUUCCGACAGCGCAUACCGGUACACCAGCACGGUGCAUGGGGAGCCAGCUACGGAUGCGGAAAUGGGCGCAGCUGCUGAGGCUGCACCACAGCAGACGGGUGGAGCUGCGGAGGAGGCGGUGGCAGCGCCGGCAGCAGCAGACGGGCUGGCAGCUGAGGCGGUUGAGGGUAACAUGACUGCGGAGGAGCCAGUCGAGUUGGGAGCGGCAGCAGCGGACGCGAGUAACCGUGACGCCGAAGCUGCUUCGGCUCCCGGCCAGCCGGCUGCGUCGGACGGGGUACCCAGGGUACCGGUAACCAGCUCCACGCCUCCAGGCAAUGGGGAUGUGGAUGCCGCAGCAGCCCCUGCAGGUGAGGCAGCUAGCGGGCCUGCCGCUGCUGCUGGGCCUACAGCUGCGCUGGAGGGUGCAGAGCAGGUGGCUCCCGCGGCAGUAGAAGGUGGUGCAGCUGUUGAUGAGGGGCCGGGCGACUCACCGGCGGCGGAAGCGGCUUUGGUGGCUGUUGGCGUGGCAGGAGGGAAGGAGGACGGGGCGGAGCGGGGCGCUGCUUUGGCGGCUCCUGCGCAGGAGCAUCAGGUGCACUCCAGUGCUAGCCGAGCUGGGGAGGAGGAGGAGGAGGAGGGGGUUGUGGGUGGCAACUCCUCAGCGGGGCUGGAGGCCGAGGGAUUUGGAGGGCCUGCAGUGGAGGGGGGGCUUGCUGAUGGUGGUGAAGUGGAGCCAGUAGAGGAGGCAGCUGAGGCUGUUGAUGGCAGGGAAGCGGAGUUGGAGGUAUCGCAAACUCCGGUGACGGAAGUUGAGGGGACAGCGGGUGAUGACUUCACUGUAGCUUAGAUGUUUGGUGCGGGCUCAUGUCAGCGUCGGGUCGGGUGCAGUGCCUUCGACUCCAAAGGUGGCUGUAGUGGAGUUGGCUGGGAGGGACCCAUGGGUCACUGGGAAGGUGUUACUGGUGCAGAAAGCAGUCGCAUGCGCUCGAACUGAGGGACGACCGGACUCCUGGGGAUGUGGCUCUCAGGUUUGGCAACACGUGUAUGUGUGGAAUUGCGAAUCUGUGCAUAGUGUCUAGGCAUGUGGUAAAGGGCGGCGGGCGUCGUCUGGAAUGAUUGGGCGUACAGCGUCUACACUCCUGGCUUGUGAUGCAUAGAGGUUGGAUCAGGAUUAAGACCAUAGAAAGGACCGACACCGGUUUGUGAUGAGGACUGGGGUCAAGGUCUAGUUCGCCAGUUGGCUGCCUGCAGGAUGCAUGGCCCAGCCAUGUAGUAAGCCUAUGUUGCAGGUUGUGACGGUUUAAGCAAAG